AUGCCCCCUCCCUCAAGGGUGGCCCCAGGAGAACAGCAGGCAGGCUUCCCCAAGGUGUGUCGCAACGCCCAACAGCAGCUCGCGCUCAUCUCAGCGAGGGCUCGUGUCCCACACCCUAGUAGCCCUGAGGCUGAACUUGGGAAGCCCCAGGAAAGAACCUGCAGUCUGCCUGGAAUUAAUUUUAAUUAUGGACUCUACAUCCGGGGGCAGGAUGGAGGGGUCCCUGAAGCCAUUGGACACUGGAAUGUAUUUAAACAGCAGCCUACCUGCCCCCAUGAGCUGAGCCGGGAUUAUAUCGCCAUGAACCGUGGGGCAGUAAAAGCCGGCCUGGUAACUGCCCGGGAGAAUUUCCAUUACCGUCAGCUCAAUGACAUCCGCGUCAGUGACCAGGAUGACCGGCGCCUCAAGAAGGAACCGCCCUCUCUCCCUCCAAAUAUGACGUUCGGGAUCCGGGCACGGCCUUCCACCCCCUUCUUUGAUCUGCUGCAGCAUCGGUACCAGCAGCUAUGGGUGCAGGAACAAAAGGCCAAGCAGAAAGCCAUUAAACUGGAGAAAAAGCAUAAGGUGAUCCUCGGGAAACUGUAUGAGACCCGGAGCAGUCAGCUGAGGAAGUACAAGCCGCCUGUGAAGCUGGACGCCCUCUGGCACAUGCCUCACUUCCAGAAGGUAACCCCGCAGCCUGGCCCGGAGUAG